AUGCGUCACCUUCGUCAAGAAGCCUACGUACUGAACAAUGUAGCGGCCAUGUAUGGCGAGAGAGGACUGAUUCCAUGGAUUACUGAAGCCGUGGCGGCGCGAGUAAAACUGGCUGUCUCUAGGCUUUACAGUCGGGUACCACUAUCUGUUCAACAAAGCAUCACCGGGUCGGAGGUUCUACAAGCAGCAUUUGGAGUCAUAAAGACCACAUUUCAUGCUAUGAUGGCAUUUCUCGGAGUAAACUACUCCCCUUCCCCGUCGACAUCUCUAACACUAGACGAUAUCAAGACAGUGUUCGUUUCUGUCCUCACCGAGAUCAAAGCACAAGCAGUGAAUAACCAUGAUAUCGACAUUGAAUCCGCGACAGUCGCUAUUCCCCAGUUUUUCAACAGCACUCUCGCCGACCUCAUGUGGACCGCAUGCUGGGAAGCCGAGAUCAGCCUCUCGCACGGAUCGCAGGCCCGGACGGUGCUCGCCACGUUCGAUCAAAGCCAGGAGACACAGAUCGAUAAUCCCGACAUAAGAUACCUGGUUCUGGACAUGGGGGAGUUUUACCUGGAUUCACGAACGUAUAAUACUGACCGGCGUGCCGGCAUGAGAGAGGGGUAUCUCCCUAUGGAUCAGUGGGGUACUGAGUCCAUAGAUCGACAUUUGACCAGUCGUUUGGUCAAGGGCUCUGAAGCACUGAGGUUUCAGAUUUCCCUUGGAGCGCGGGAGAGUGAUCUUUGGAAGCCGGUGAAGCAGGCUCGUUUGAUGAUGCGGAACAGUGCAGAGGAUACUGGGCCGAAAGGACCCGGGGAAGAUGACGGAUAUCAUGACGAAUGGCCGCUUGACUUGACAGGCUGGGGAUAUGAGGACUUUGAGGAGGUCAAGGCCGUUCUAACGUGGCGGGAUAUUGAAGUGGUCGAGAAGGCUUAUGUGGAUAGCCUGGCCGACAAUAUCCUCCCACAUUUGACUGCAUUAAGAGAAUGCCACCUGGGUGAGAGGCACGAGGACGAUGGAAUUCCACAGAGAAUCGAAAAGCUGGUAAUUUUGACUGCCGGUCACGAUGGUCUCCUGGUCAAGAAGGCAGUCCGGCAAGCUCUUGGAGACCAGAUCGAUGCUAUUGGAGGGACAGUGCAUGAUUCUGGGCUUGCUGCCGUUGGAGCAGCUCGUUCUGCAUUGGAGGAGAUACAGAAGCAAGUAUGGACAAAGUACCAAGUGUGGAUACAACACGAUGAGAUAUGA